CUGCGAAUCUUAGAAUAUUUUAGAGCUGUAUCGUGCAUUCCGACGCUAACUUGUUUUCUGAGUUAUCGAAGUGGCACACACAACUUGCACCGGAUGUUUACCAGAUAAUACGACGUCGCGUAGAGAUGUGGGUGUUUUCGUGUGAGGUCUCAGAGGAGUCCCAUCUUCAUGUUAGAAGAUGGUUGUAAGCGACGAGGACGAUGGUUUUAGUGACGGACUCAACCACACCAUGAGUGAGCGAGAGCGCCUGGAUCAUAGUGAACACGUUCUGAACCUGACCGUGGCUCUGCUCAUUCUGACCAUCUUCACUUUCUUCUUCGUGAUCAUCAUUGUCAUUCUGUGCUUCCAGUGGAUGGAGAAAAGAAAUACCGAACAGAAAGGAUGCCUAUUACUGCCUUCGGGUUCGCUCCCGGGAUACAUAACCAUAAUGUCGUCUGAUCAUCCUCACAUGAGACUUCUGGGACAUUAUCAGUUUCAGACCUUCAGAUCGAAAGAUAAAUGGACACUUGGUCAAUCGCAGUAUUCUUCUUCUCCAUAUUUACUCUCACCUAAUGAUAUAACAGAGAAAGAGAAAAGAAGAUCUUAUUGAUAGAACUAUGUAUUAUUACUAAUUCAAAGUCAGUUGCGAGGUAAAUAAAACCUUAGUUCUUG